AGUGAGAGAAGGAGAAACGGAGAACAGAGUUCAAGAAGGGGAAACACAAAAAUACUGACAGGAGAGAGAGAGAGAGAUAGAAAGAGAGAAGCGCAUCAUUUGCUAAGCUAAGUUUAUCAGUUUUUUUCUGCGCUGAUUGUGUGUGGGUCAAACUUGGCAUAUUUUCAAUGGUGGAAAUAACUUUAAGAAAUACCUAAGAGGAUUGUUUGUCUGCUGUUGAAAAAUAAAUCUGCAAGCAAUUAAGGAUCGCACAAAGCAAACCAAAUUAACUACCUCUGACCAUGAUGAAAGGACCACCUGGCAUAACUUUGCCAUCAUCCUCACAAAAUGACUGUGUCAAUCCCCCUGGUAAUUUGGAUUCCAAAACCGAAAUCAAUAUAGGAGGACAAAAGUUCAAUUGUGAUGCAGAUGAUUUGGAAAGUUUAAGUACCCUGGGUCAAGGUGCUUAUGGUGUGGUAGAGAAAAUGAGGCAUCGUCCCAGUGGUAAAAUCAUGGCAGUAAAAAGAAUUACUGCAACUAUUAAUGGAGAGGAAGAAAAAAGAUUACUGAUGGAUCUUGAUGUAUCAAUGAAAAGUGGUUUAUGUACUUACACAGUGCAAUCUUAUGGAGCUUUGUUUAGAGAGGGUGAUGUUUGGAUAUUAAUGGAAGUAAUGGAUGCCUCAUUAGAUAAAUUUUACAAAAAGGUUUACACAGACACACAUAUACCAGAGGAUGUUCUUACUAUUAUUGCUUCAUCUGUGGUACGUGCAUUGCAUUACCUCCAUCAGAACCUCCAGGUAAUCCACAGGGAUGUUAAACCAUCAAAUAUUUUAGUUAACAGAUUGGGGUUUGUCAAAAUAUGUGAUUUUGGCAUCAGUGGCUACCUAGUAGAUUCUCUUGCUAACACCAGAGAUGCUGGUUGUCGACCAUAUAUGGCACCUGAAAGAAUCAACCCUUCAGUUUCAGGAAAAGGUUAUGAUAUAAGAUCUGAUGUUUGGAGUUUAGGAAUUACUAUGAUUGAAUUGGCUACAGGUAGAUUUCCUUAUGGCUGUGGUAACCCUUUCCAACAACUUAGGGAAGUUGUCAUGGGUAACCCACCAACUUUACCACCAGGCACAUUUUCCAAAGAGUUUGAAGAUUUUAUUGUGAAAUGUCUUCAAAAGGAAUACAAAGAGCGACCUUAUUAUGGCACACUGUUGGAGCACCCUUUUAUUGUACGAGCAGAUACUUUAGAUGUUGACAUGGCAAAGUACAUUUCAUCUGUCUUGGACAAAUACACUGGCUGGGAAGGCUAAAAUGCUUUGCAUAGUUUACAGAUGAAGAGGAAAGAAGAAACUGUAAAACUACUUU